UCUUUCAGUAAAUUCCUUGAGAGGAACAGUUUCCGAAAUCCAUUUCUCCAACCUCUCGAAGCUAUCGGUCUUAGAUAUUAGCAACAACCAUUUAGCUAUCGAGGUGGAUUCUGACUGGAUACCAACCUUCAAUCUCCGGUCCAUUGCGAUGGCGUCUUGUGAGUUCGGAACGGAAUUUCCGCGAUGGAUGAGAACGCAAGUCGACGCAGGAUUCAUAGAUUUGUCCAAUGCCUCCAUUUCAGGAUCUCUCCCAGAUUGGUUAGGUCUCAUGUUGUUCUUUCACCUGAAUCUCUCUUACAACCAAAUAAAUGGAUCUCCGCCGAAAUUUCCUUCAAACCUGGAUAAUUUAGAUCUCUCUCACAACCAAAUAAAUGGAUCUCUGCCGAAAUUUCCUUCUAACUUGGGUUCUUUUGAUCUCUCACACAACCAAAUAAGUGGAUCUCUGCCGAAAUUUCCUUCUAGCCUGAUUUAUCUAGAUCUCUCUCACAACUUAAUAUCAGGACCUAUUCCACGAAAUAUUGGUCUAGCGAUGCCUUAUUUAUAUUCCUUGAAUCUGAAUGAUAAUCGCUUAAGUGGUGCAAUACCCACCUCAAUAUGCGAGAUGGAAUAUCUGUACGACUUGCACCUUGGACGGAAUGAAUUAGUUGGCGAAAUUCCUGCAUGUUGGAAGGAGAGCCCUUGGAGACUCCUUGAUUUAUCAUCCAACAUGUUGUCCGGAGUCAUGCCGAGUUCUUUGGGAAAUCUAAGCGGGCUGAGGUCAUUACACUUGAACAACAACAGUCUCCAUGGAGAAAUUCCCGUUACUCUAAACUAUUGCAGAACCUUGCGGCUAUUGGAUCUUGGAGAGAACAAAAUCUCUGGAAGUGUUGCACAUUGGAUCGGACCAAGUUUUCCAUUACUACAGAUUCUUAGACUGCGAGGAAACAUGUUCAAUGGUAGUAUUCCUUCACAAUUAUGCCUACUCUCCGUGCUGCAAAUAUUGGAUCUGGCAGUGAACAAUAUGACAGGAAUGAUUCCAAAUUGUCUCGGCUAUAUGAAAGGGAUGAAACUGAACAAAAGCAUAGAUGGAGGCAACUCACUCUCCCCGGCUUAUGUUCCUGCACCCGUGCAUGUGCAGAACGGGUCUGCUCCAACGGAUUGGAAUCAAGAGCAUGUGGAGCAGGUCGUGAAAGGGGUGGACCUUGACUAUACAACACUUGAUCUACAGCUUAUGGUCAAUUUGGAUCUCUCGAGCAACAAAUUGAUUGGACCGAUCCCUGGAGAGCUUACCUUGCUUUCUGGAUUGCGGGGCUUGAACUUAUCGCACAACUUUCUUUCUGGAGGCAUCCCGACUAUGAUUGGAGACAUGAAAUUGCUCGAGUCACUUGAUCUUUCGAACAAUAACCUUUCAGGAACAAUCCCACAGAGCUUUUCUGCAUUCACAUCACUGAGCAAACUAAACUUGUCUCACAACAACUUCACGGGGCCAAUUCCAAGUGGAAAUCAAAUCCAGACCCUUGAUGAUCCUUCCAUUUAUGCCGACAAUCCUCUACUUUGUGGUGAUCCUCUACAAAAGAAAUGCCCCGGUGCGGAGGCCCCUCAAGCGCCGGAAGAAGAUGCCGAUGAAGAAGGUAAGAUUGAAAAGGUGAUGUUCUACCUCGUCAUAAUGUUUGGGUUUGCAACCGGGUUUUGGGGAGUCGUUGGCGGUUUGGUGUACAAGAAGAAUUGGAGACGCGCCUACUUCGGCUAUGUGGAUCAUAAAGCAGACAUGGUGUACGUGAUUGUCGCAGUGAAGGUAGCCGAGUUGAGGAGGAGAAUGAGAAGAGGGUAACAGGCCUGUUCUCCACAUUGAUUCAGUCCAAUGUUUUAUUGAUCUCGUGAAGUUCUUGCUUUCUUGUUCAAGCAAAGUCGUCUUAGUAGUUGGCUUGUUCCUCCUUAUGAGUAGUAGCCAAUUUUUUUGUGUUCUUUAGUUUCAAGCUUGUCGGAGCAAGCCGUCAACGGAACGGCAUGGGGAGUGGAAAUCAUGUCAUUUGGUAAUUUAGUGUUGCUCAGCAAUUUAGCAGUACUUUGUGUUAUUAUAAUCAUGAUGCUAUGCUUGUCAAUGAUGUGAAACUAUGUUAGCAAAUUCCACUUUCGUCCUGUUUACGCUUUUGC